UUGUCAGCGGAAUACGAAAUGUUGUGUUUGUUUACAUUUAAUUUAACAGUCGCAAAAUGAACGAAAUAUUCUCCUGCAAGGAGAAAAAACAUCUAUUUCAGCCAGAUUUCUGUCGACUAUGCCUUAGCCAGAAUGGUGAGCAAACGGGCGUGUUUUCCUGCACGUCAGCAGCGGCACUGUUUGAACGAAUAUUUCACUGCACCGGCGUAAGGCUAGCCGAUUUUCCCGACGCACCCCCAACGGUGUGUGAUGGAUGCAUUUCCCAGCUCGUUAUUUGCGAGAAGUUUGUGAAGCUAUGCCGUGAGGUGGAUCAGAAGCUAUGGCACCGGAGACAGCACAGUGCCAAGACUGAAGGGGCAGUGCAAGAGCAAGAUCCAGCGAACACGAUCUCGCAAUCGAAUGAUGAGCAAGCACCCGAAUCCAAGGUACAGCAGAUUCACGUGAAAUCGGACGAACCAUCGCCAAACCCUCUGUGCGAUGGAAAGAGCACGAACGAGGAGUUUUACGUGGUCGAAAUCACGGACGCGCAUCACGAGUACGAGCUGGACCUACCCGGCAGCGAAAGUAUACCCGUCCCACCGGUCACUACUACCUCUAGCGCCACAGAUAAAGUAAAGCACAGCCAUUUACCCGUGGAAAAGCAGCACUGCAGCAAGGGUAGAACCAUUGGCAAAAAGUCACAAUGUACAGUGUGCGGUAGUUGGCAGCAAAAUUUAAAGCAGCACAUGCUUGUCCAUACCGGAGAAAAGCGGUACGUGUGCCCCGUUUGCCAGCGCGCUUUCGCCCAGAAGGGUAACCUGACGUACCACCUGAACCAGCACACGGGCCACUGUCCGUACCGGUGCGAACAGUGUGAUAAGGCGUUCAAAGACCCACAGUCGUUACGAUCUCAUAAGCUUACUCACACGAAUGAGCGUAAGUUUAAGUGCGAUGUGUGCGAAGAUACGUUCAAGUACCGAAGCUCGCUGGUCGUCCACAUGCGGUACCACACCCAGAGCAAACCGUUUGCAUGCAGCGAGUGCGAAAGCUCGUUCGUGAACAGUUCCGGCUUAAAAAAGCACCUGCGAACGCACACCGGCGAAAGACCGUACCAAUGUGGCGAGUGCAAGAAAUCAUUCAAAUCUUCGCACAAUCUGCGCCUGCACAAGCUUUCCCACACCAAAGAGCGACGGUUUCAGUGCGAUCUGUGCAAACGCUGGUUUAGCUACAAGAAUGUGCUCCAGACGCACAUGCACGUGCACCGGAAAGGGCAGGGCACGUGCACCGAAAGCACCAGACCCGGAACGAAAAAGAGCACCGAGGGAGAGAUAGAGAGCAACAGUGAAGGAUAAUAAAAAUGAUUAAAAUAGAUAGCAAUUGUGGUUCGGCGCAAUCCAGUUACCACCAUCCUUCACUGCCGAAAAACAUGUUUACAGCGCCUCUUUUAUUAUCUUAGAAGAGCUGUUUAUUUUUGUUUUUUGUUUGUUUUUGCUUUCGUUCCAACUAUUUCUCUCCCAACGCGGAUGAUGCUAUCUUAUCGUGGGCGGCAUCUUAUCACCAGUGUCCUUGGCGUGAACUUCUUUGUACCCUCGUUGGCAUAUUUUUCCUUUAAAAAACAAUCAUUUACGCCUUUAUGUACAACGGAAAUGGGAGCGUGGAAAUUUGCACGCUAAAUGCACUAUACCAUUGCCAAUUAUGCAACCACUCCGUUUGGCCCGUGCGAACAUAAACAAUUAGCCAACAACAUUCGGGGCUGAAUCAUAUGCGCGCAUGCGGGGUGGGGGAACACGACCGGCGGACAUAUUUCCUCGUACAGUUAGCACUUCUAAUGUCAAGAUCGAAAAUUCCCCACCUUGGGCGCAGACACUCCAGCGCGUGGGCUUUCCAGCCGAGCACGGCGAGGGGUCAUUGAGAGUAAUCUCUUUGGAGGUCAAGCAGGACUAGCUUUUAACGAAGUGGCCCGGCUGUCAAGAAGAACGCAUCGAGCCAGUGGUUGAAAACUAAAUGCGGCAUCAUAAUGCAUAAAGAAACAAAAAACGGAAGCCAAUUAGUUCCAGGGCGUCGUCCGCUCAAGGGCCUUGCCGAUCCGCUGGGUGCUGGGAGCGUGAAUUGUUGCACGGGUAGGCUGCCUGCAUAAUGCAAUAUGAGUCGGAACGAGCUGCUAAUUUUAAAAUUGAUCAUUACUAUUGUGGCAUUAUUCAAUCCAACACGUUGUCGAGCGUUUUGGAGGUACGUACACACGAUCU